AUGUGGGGCAAAUGUGUGUUGAAGGUCAUUUUCCCUUCUUCUGCACAUUCCGGCCGCAAAUGGGCUGCCAAUACACGAAUUCUUCUUAAUCACGGAGAAUAUAUCGGAUUUGUACGAGAAGAUGGUUCUUUUACUGUGGAUAACGUUGCCAGUGGCAGCUAUGUUGUGCAGAUUGUUAAGGUGGAAAAUGUCGAUUUUGUCUUUGAACCUAUACGUGUUGACAUCACUGCCAAAGGGAAGAUUCGAGCUAGAAAGCUUAGUGUCCUUCAGGUAAUGCAUUACAUUCUCAUUCACGUUUCACGUGAAAUUUACUUACUCAUUUUCCAGCCAAAUGUUGUGAAUCAGCUACCGUAUCCUCUCAAACUAAGCGCUAGAGAAGCAACACGGUAUUUCCGAAAGCGAGAAGAAUGGCGAAUCACUGAUAUGCUGAUGAAUCCCAUGGUGUUGAUGCUUGUCGUACCAUUGGUCAUCAUGUUAAUUAUACCAAAGUAA